AUGUGCGUUCGAUGGGAUUAUAUUUCGCCAAAGAGCUCUGAAUUUGCGCUUGCCCCCCCCAAACAGUUCCCAAACCAAUUUUUCACGCAAAAGGAAGUCUCAGCGGAGGACGCUUCACAGUCUACUGGAGACAGCUUAUCUGACAUUCGAAAUGAAGAACUCGAGUUGAUCGAAAAUCAACAAGACGCUAAAAAUGAUGACCCACUGGAUCUCCGGCUCACAGUUCAUUCAACGUUGUCUUCCAACACGGGUUUUGCAGGUAACAGAGGCGGUGAUGUGCUGGGAAAGCGGGAUCGCUCAGGUCCCGCGUCUCCGUCGAUCAGCCUGAUGCCGAGUUUGUUGCUCAUCGCUGCGGGUUCGCUAGAAGCCGCGGUGGAGUUAUUCGGAAAAAAACUGGCCAAACGUUUAGGCCUUAAUGAAAACAGUGCAGCCGUUGCAUGCGUCAGUCUUCGACGUUCAAACCCCGUUUAUAUAUCGAUUGAGAAGCCUGUUAUGGACGCUGAACGAUCGGAUAACCCCGAUUCAGUCGAAGAUGAUCCUGGCAUCGUCCAGGUUUACGCUGGAAAUAUUACAGGAAUAGCCAAGACAAGCAGCCCCACUUCUGAUGCUCUCGAUUCUGCUGAAGCCAACAGCAUCCACAGUAUCGUCGCGAGACGUGGUCCAGUGGAUAUUGGCCUUUACCAUAUUAUGGACGGCAUAGCGUUGGGACACCCCAUCCUCAGAGUCAUUGCCGCCACCGAAACGAAGUUGAGCAGCCAUCUCUUCCAUCCGAUUCUGUCUAUCACCCUCGCCGUGGCCGUCUUGGUCGGUACCUUCGACCAACCCGCUCAAUGUCAGAUGAAAAUGACUGUCUUGGAAGUCAACGAAGGCUAA